AUGCCCCCUCUUCCGCCGAAGUUUGUUGAUGUCAACAGGGCGCGGUCAACGCAGGGCUAUGUCAGUGUGAUAGGAGUUGUCGUGGAUAGCCUGGCCAAAAUUAAGACAGGGGGCUCCUCAUUCGUCGCCACUUUUACCAUCAAAGAUUCAGACUUCGAAGCACCGGCAUGGACCGGACUCAAGAUCAAGUAUUUCAAUGACAAUGAGGAUCUCAUACCCGACCUGAGACUCGGCGAUGUUAUCUUGCUGCGAAACAUCAGGAUACGACUUCACCAUGGGGUGUUGUUAGGCGUGGCUUCACAAUGGGAUGCGGUCCCAUGGGCCAUUUUCCGCCAGAGCGUAGAAUCGAGGCCCUCGGUUUCGCUCAUCUGCAGUCCCAAGUCCGCUGAGCCGACUCCGCACGAACAGGCGUACGCAAAGUCCUUGCUGAAUCCUCUUGUUCAGGCAAGUUCCGAAAAGCAACCUCACCAAGAGACCCCAGACAAGCAGCCUACUGUGACACCUGAUGUAUCUCGCAAAGAGGCCAGCAAUGUCAAAAAACGAGACUCGUUUACCCUGAUCAAGGACCUGUCUGUUGGGGCGUAUGUAGACCUUGUCGCUGAGGUGGUGAAGACAUUUCGUGAACCCGACAAGUUUAUACUUUAUGUUACAGACUAUACCACGAAUAAGGCGCUAUUUGAAUAUGCCAAGCCUGAUGAAGAAGAGGAAGAGGAAGAGGAAGGCCGUCCAGGAGACGAGUAUGGUUACAGACCCCGCCCGAAAAGGCGUUGGAAGGGGCCGUUUGGACGGAUGACCCUACAAGUAACACUUUUCCCACCCCACUCUUAUUUCGCCGAAGAAAAUGUGAAGGAGCAAGAUUAUGUGUACCUUCGUAAAGUUCACAUUAAGGAGCCGAGGACUGGCAGUGGGGUGAUAGAUGGCCGCAUUCAUGGCGACCGUCUCUUUCCUGACAAAAUUUACGUGAGCGUCAUUGAAGAAAAUGACGACAAUCCACGUGUCAAGGAACUUAAGAGAAGGAAGCUGGAGUACUGGAAGCGCAAUCGGCUGAAUAAAGCGCAAGAUCAGGAUUCGAAGAAUGCUAAAAAGAGAAAGAAAGAGCAACAACAGCAGCAACAGCAGAAAAAGCAGCCAGUGAGGGAGGAGGGCCAGACUGAGAUAACGACGACCAUCAACGCUAAAAAAUACGAACCUAACAAAAAUAUUCAAGCCUGGAAUCCUAGCAUCCCCACCCGAUCAGUAACGGAUAUCCUGACGAACGAGACACACAACAACUCUCUACCCGGUGGGAUCCAAUACAGGCUGCCCUUUCAAAACCUCUGCUACCGCGCCACUGUCCGUGUUGUAGAUUUCUUCCCGCCAAAACUCGAAGACUUCGCCGUUCCGUACAACCCUGAAUAUGCGGUCCUUUCCGACUGCGACAGUGACGGGUUAGGUGACAGUGAUGAUGACGACGAGUCUGUCGUGAAUGGAAAUGCCAGCCAGCGUCGUCGUCGCUCUCGUCGCAGCUGGGAAUGGCGGUUCUGUCUCCUAGUCGAGGACGCAAAGCCAGCGCCUCCCGGGCAGCCGAGAGACCGAAUGAAGCUCUUCGUAUCAGGAAAUGAUGCCGUGCAUCUGCUCAAGAUUGAUGCUGUCGAUCUCCGAAGAUACCCGGACAAGCUCGCCGAGUUAAGGGAAAAACUCUUCAUUCUGUGGGGAGAUUUGGAAGAACGCAAAAACGCCAGCCCGGACGGGAGAAUCGAUCUUAACGCUACUCCGUCCUCCAAACCAUUCACCUGCUGUGUGAAAGAAUACGGGGUCAGAUGCGGAUGCGAUGUGUCGCGCGAUGAGCGUGACGAAGACGCAAUGACGGACGACGAGGACGGUGGUCACAAGAGCGGCUGCCUUGGUUGGGAAAGGAGAUUUGCUCUGCAUGGCACUACGAUUAUGUAA